CAGCUUGAGAGAGGCCCGGGACGGGGCGGGAGAUGCCCCAUUCAGUCUCCAAGACAGUCCAGGAGUUGGGACACUGUCGGGGGUGGGAGAGUGCCAGUACAGCCGCUGGGCCAUUUUGCUUUUCACUCACAUUUUAGGGGUCCUGAUGGCAGAGAAGGCCGGCAUCACCUCCUGCCUUACCUGUCUUCAGAUGGGGCGGUAUGGCCUAGCGGGGCGGGGGGGCGGCGCUGCCUUUUUCCGGAGGCCCCUCACCUCGAGCCCGGGUGACCGGGGAGAGCCUCCCACCGAGUGAGAGGUCCAUGGAUCGACUUCAGAGAGUCCACGUGCUCCGAUGGGGGAUGAAAAAUUACUCAUUUUCACUAACUUUAAACUGAUAUUUAUCAUUUCCAACAAUUAAAAAAAAGGCCACUCUUAUUAGAAGGGGUCUAUGGGCUUUACUACAUUGAGAAAGGGAUCCAUGACCCCAGAAAGGUCAAGAAGCCCGGGACUCCGGAGACGUCCAAACUGGUGGGCGGUUACCACGAUCGAGACAGUGAUUCCGGGUUCAGGAGGCGGGCACUUUGGAGGAAGGGGCGGGGCCUCAGCGCCGGAAGGGGCGUGUCAUCACCAUCGCAGCAGGAAGUUUGUAGUUGUCGCCGCUGUCGCCUCCUCCGUCCCCGCCUCCGCUUCCCCUCGGGCCGGCAAGGCCGAAGGCUCGUCCCCCGGCCAGAGACCGCUCGUUCGCUGCUCACGACCCGGCCGCGGCGACGCGGGCCCCCCCGCCGCUGCCAUGCAUGACGCCUUCGAGCCGGUGCCGAUCCUGGAGAAGCUGCCGCUGCAGAUCGACUGUCUGGCGGCCUGGGAGGAAUGGCUUCUUGUAGGAACCAAGCAAGGUCAUCUCCUCCUCUACAGGAUUCGGAAGGAUGUUGGUUGCAACAGAUUUGAAGUAACUCUAGAAAAAUCCAACAAGAACUUCUCCAAAAAGAUUCAGCAGAUCCACGUGGUUUCCCAGUUUAAGAUUCUGGUCAGUUUGUUAGAAAAUAACAUAUAUGUUCAUGACUUAUUGACAUUUCAACAAAUCACUACUGUUUCAAAGGCAAAGGGGGCAUCUCUGUUUACCUGUGACCUCCAGCACACUGAAACAGGUGAAGAGGUGCUGCGGAUGUGUGUGGCCGUGAAGAAGAAACUCCAGCUGUAUUUCUGGAAGGACAGAGAGUUUUAUGAAUUGCAGGGGGACUUUAGUGUACCAGAUGUGCCCAAGUCCAUGGCAUGGUGUAAAAAUUCCAUUUGUGUGGGUUUCAAGAGAGACUACUAUCUAAUAAGGGUGGAUGGAAAAGGGUCCACCAAAGAGCUCUUUCCAACAGGGAAGCAACUGGAGCCCUUGGUGGCACCUUUGGCAGAUGGAAAAGUAGCCGUUGGUCAGGACGAUCUCACUGUGGUCCUGAAUGAGGAGGGCAACUGUACGCAGAAAUGUGCCCUGAAUUGGACAGAUAUACCAAUUUCCAUGGAGCACCAGCCUCCAUACAUCAUCGCCGUGUUGCCUCGGUAUGUGGAGAUCCGGACAUUUGAGCCCCGGCUGCUGGUGCAGAGCAUUGAGUUACAGAGACCCCGCUUCAUUACCUCAGGAGGUUCGGACAUCGUCUACGUGGCCAGCAAUCAUUUUGUCUGGCGGCUCAUCCCUGUCUCUAUAGCAACCCAGAUCCAGCAGCUUCUUCAGGACAAGCAGUUUGAACUGGCCCUGCAGCUGGCGGAAAUGAAAGAUGAUUCCGACAGUGAAAAGCGACAGCAGGUCCACCACAUUAAGAACCUGUUUGCUUUUAACCUCUUUUGUCAGAAGCGUUUCGAUGAGUCCAUGCAAGUCUUUGCAAAACUUGGCACAGAUCCUACCCAUGUGAUGGGUUUGUAUCCUGAUUUGCUGCCCACUGAGUAUAGGAAGCAGCUGCAGUAUCCCAACCCGUUGCCAGUGCUCUCUGGGGCUGAACUAGAGAAGGCUCAUUUGGCUCUAAUUGACUACCUGACUCAGAAAAGAAACCAGCUGGUGAAGAAGCUCAAUGACUCUGAUCAUCAGUCGAGUACCUCCCCCCUCAUGGAAGGCACCCCCACAAUCAAGUCCAAGAAGAAACUCCUGCAGAUCAUAGAUACCACGCUGCUGAAGUGCUACCUCCAGACCAACAUGGCCCUGGUGGCUCCAUUGCUGCGUCUGGAGAACAAUCAUUGCCACAUUGAAGAAAGUGAGCACGUGUUGAAGAAGGCUCAUAAGUACAGUGAGCUGAUCAUCCUUUAUGAGAAGAAGGGGCUUCAUGAGAAAGCUCUGCAGGUGCUGGUGGACCAGUCUAAGAAAGCCAAUUCCCCCCUGAAAGGCCAUGAGAGGACAGUGCAGUAUCUUCAGCAUCUGGGCACAGAGAACUUGCAUUUGGUGUUCUCCUACUCUGUCUGGGUGCUGAGAGACUUCCCAGAAGAUGGGCUGAAAAUAUUUACUGAAGAUCUCCCUGAGGUGGAGGCUCUACCACGGGAUCGUGUGCUGAACUUUUUAAUAGAAAACUUUAAGGGCCUAGCUAUUCCCUAUUUGGAACACAUCAUCCAUACCUGGGAAGAGACGGGUUCUGAGUUCCACAACUGCCUUAUCCAGCUGUACUGUGAGAAGGUCCAAGGACUGAUGAAGGAAUACCUUAGCUCCUUUCCUACAGAUAAAACUCCAGUCCCUGCUGGUGAGGAAGAGGGUGAGCUGGGAGAAUACCGACGGAAGCUCCUCAUGUUCCUGGAGAUCUCUAGCUGCUAUGAUCCAAGUCAGCUCAUCUGUGACUUCCCUUUUGAUGGUCUCCUAGAGGAAAGAGCUCUCCUUUUGGGGCGAAUGGGGAAACAUGAACAAGCCCUCUUCAUUUAUGUCCACAUUCUGAAGGAUACAAGGAUGGCUGAAGAGUACUGCCAUAAACACUAUGACCGUAACAAAGACGGCCACAAAGAUGUAUAUCUGUCCCUGCUUCGGAUGUAUCUGUCCCCACCUAGUGUUCACUGCCUGGGGCCAAUCAAGAUGGAGCUGCUGGAGCCCCAAGCUAAUCUCCAGGCUGCUCUGCAGGUUUUGGAAUUACAUCACAGCAAGCUGGACACCACCAAGGCCAUCAACCUUCUUCCUGCCAACACUCAGAUUAAUGAGAUACGCAUCUUUCUGGAGAAGGUCCUGGAGGAAAACGCACAAAAGAAACGUUUCAAUCAAGUCCUCAAAAACCUUCUUCAGGCGGAGUUCCUAAGGGUCCAGGAGGAGCGCAUUUUCCACCAGCAAGUGAAGUGUAUCAUCACAGAGGAGAAGUUGUGCAUGGUGUGUAAGAAGAAGAUAGGGAACAGCGCGUUUGCCAGGUACCCCAAUGGAGUGGUUGUGCACUACUUCUGUUCCAAAGAGGUCAACCCGACUGAUACCUGAACUGGAGCCAUGCUCUGAGGUCAGCAGACUACAAUUCCUGCCUUUCCCAGAAGAACGGAAGGAGUGGAAGCUCCUUAGGAAACAAGAAUGCCUCCAGGAGGAGGGGGAGUCUUCUCAUUUGGACACUACUUGGUACCUUACAGCCUGGAGCAUCUCUGGACUAACUACUCCUAACCCUGACAACAAAAAUGUUGGCUUUUUAAGAGGAAAAAAAUGACUUGUACGGUUAAGUUGCUGGCAACUUCACAAAAUCUCUUUGAUACUUAGGAUGUGAAGUAGACGCAUCCUCCAGUGUUUGCAUUAUUACACACUAAGAAAACUUGUUUUGAACAUUUGUAACUGAAGGGGAAUUUUUCAUUAAGAACCUUU